AAAGUCUACAUAAUUUUUUCUCCAAAAAAUUUUUCAUUCUGUAACAAAAUAACGAGUGCAUAUAUAUUUUCAUUAUAAUUAGUCAUUUUAAAAGAGUUUUAUUGCUUGAGUAAGUUCAAAGUGAUAGUCAACAAACGAUAUUUUCUGCUUCAGCUCUAGUUGAGCGCAUAGUCUCAAGGAAUUAUAUAGAACAAAGCUUCUAUAGGAUAAAAAUCAUUAGUACCAUCAACAACAAGUAAAACAUGAAAAUGGUGUUAUCUCAGCGGCAGCGCGAGGAAUUAAACCAAGCGAUUGCCGAUUAUUUAGGCAGUAAUGGAUACAACGAUGCGCUCGAUGUUUUUCGUAAGGAAGCCGAAGUUCCAACAGAAAUCGAAAGAAAGUAUCGUGGAUUGUUAGAAAAAAAGUGGACGUCAGUAAUACGUUUACAGAAGAAAGUAAUGGAGUUGGAAUCAAAAUUGAAUGAAGCAGAAAAGGAAUUAAUAGAAGGUGCUCCAACGAAAGCAAAGAGAACACCAACAGAAUGGAUUCCUCGUCAACCAGAAAAAUUCAAGCUAACUGGUCAUCGUGCAACAAUAAAUCGUGUUGUUUUUCAUCCGGUAUUUAGUAUGAUGGUGUCUGCAUCUGAAGACGCAACAAUUAAGGUUUGGGACUAUGAAACUGGUGAAUAUGAGAGGACGCUCAAAGGUCAUACUGAUUCAGUUCAAGAUAUAGCUUUCGAUGCGCAAGGAAAAUUACUUGCGUCAUGUAGUUCAGACUUGUCAAUAAAAUUAUGGGAUUUUCAACAGACAUUUGAAUGUAUUAAAACAAUGCAUGGUCAUGAUCACAACGUGUCGUCAGUAGCAUUCGUUCCAAAUGGCGAUUUUCUAUUAUCAGCAUCAAGAGACAAAACGAUUAAGAUGUGGGAGGUAGCGACAGGCUAUUGUGUGAAAACUUAUUCAGGACAUCGUGAAUGGGUACGAAUGGUACGAGUUAAUUUUGAUGGAACUCUUAUGGCUUCGUGUAGUAAUGACCAUACAGUACGAAUCUGGUGCUUAAAUUCCAAAGAAUCGAAAGUAGAAUUGCGCGAGCAUGAUCAUACUGUUGAAUGUAUUUCUUGGGCACCAGAAUCAGCAGCAGCUUCAAUCAAUGAAGCUGCAGGUGCCGAUAAUAAAAAGGGACAACAUCAAGGACCUUUCCUUGCUUCAGGCUCACGAGAUAAAACGAUUCGAGUGUGGGACGUAACAUCAGGAUUAUGCUUAUUCACACUUUAUGGUCAUGACAAUUGGGUUCGUGGCAUCGUAUUUCAUCCUGGCGGCAAAUUCAUGUUGACGGCGAGUGAUGACAAAACUAUUCGAAUUUGGGAUAUUCGUAAUAAACGAUGCUUAAAGACGCUUGCUGCUCAUUCACACUUUUGUACUUCUAUUGAUAUGCAUAAAACGCAUCCGUAUGUAAUAUCGGGCAGUGUCGAUCAAACGAUCAAAGUAUAUGAAUGUCGUUAAACUGUAUUUUAUAAGGAGAGAAGCGAGAAACUUUUUGGUUUAGCAUAAUAGAGUGAAUAA